CUUGUCCUUUCUCGCAAUACGCCGGAUGGCCCUCGCCCUCCGCUUGUCGCCUCGAAUCCUACUGCGUCCCACUUUCCAUCCUCUUGUGAUCAAGAACUCCCUUCCACCCUCAGCGGCAAUCCUUCCAGUGAUGCCUUGCAUUUAUUCGAUCAUCGGCUGCCCUGGAGCGCGACUGGGGAGAGUAUCCAGAGUAGCUGCGAGCCAUCUCAUCGUCAUCGGGGGUUAUCUGUGCCAGGCACUGAGGAGCCCACUGUCAGGCUUGCUCCUUCGUCUUUAUCUCACGAAGAUGGAGGCAGCUACAGGAAGGUGGAUGGAGAAGGGAGAGUCGUUCGUCCUGCACUGGAUGCCCGCCACAGCAAUUAUCUAGACAGCUCUGAGGCUGCCCGAUUUACGCCUGGGUCUAAGGAGCUUGCUUCUUUGGCCCAUCACUUCUACCCCACAGUUGCAGGCGUAGACAUGUUUGACCCGGUGACCCAUAUAUCUUCGUGGGCGCACACAACCUCCUCCGCCCACACCUACAUUCACAACUUGAUGGCGAGUGCACAUGCCCAGCACGCGUACAUUACAUCUGUUGUGCGCUUCAGGGACAAUGAUGUGGUGCGACACCCGUCUCUUAUACUGGUGGUCGCCCGACACGGGAUGCUGAAUUUCAGUCUUCGGAUUGAUCGUUUCCGGGAUCACACGUUAUCGUUGGCCCGAUUCGCCCUGCGCCGUGGAAAGUCUAAUGCGCUAGAUACGGUAACUGUCUCUGAGAAUUCGAAUCUGCUUCAUGAUGUGAGGUCAAGUGAAGAAGCACGAUUAGACCUUCCGCAACCUGUUCCGCUACUCGAAUUUGGCAGAGUGUUCGAGAUUGUUCUAAGCGAGUGUGGUCCAUAUAAUGUAUUCGCGGAAAAUUGUUGGUUUGUGGUCUCUAUGGUGGAGGAACUAUUCACGGAAAUGUUCGGUGCUCACUACGUGAAAGGUGGAGCUAGACGAUCACGACUCGCCCCCCAGACGCAUGCCAAAAUUCGAAGCAAGCUGGGUCUUAGGGAUUCCGAGUGACAAGAUAAGUGGUCGACGUUCCGUUCUAGGACGGUUCCUUAUCAAGAACCAGCAUAACGACAAUCAAGAUUUGUGGAUUGGAAUCAUAUAUAUAACUCUGGUUGUGACUUGUUCUGGGCGCAUUUCAGGCGCCUUGGCUGUUGAUGACGAACGUUAUUUGCGCAUGCUGACUGAGUUAAUCUGCUUGUACCCAUGUAUACACGUCUUUCUACUAGCCAUCAGAAAAGCCUUGUUUCAG